GCAAAACAUCCCUCUCUAACGACGCUUCUGCCCCUGAAUAAUUGAUUGAUUCAUUUUCUGGGACUUUACCGAAGUCUACAAAUCUCACCACAGGAUUUCAAAUUUACUUGGUUUCGAUCGCUUGUUACUUAAAUCACCCCGAGGGAGCUCGACGGGUCUAUUAGAAGUUAUGAUUUUAAACUUGUAGAAUCAAAGGAAUGUGAUCUUGUUUGUUUGGGUUAAGUAACGUUUCCCAAAGUUUCCAUUUUUCUAAGGUUGCCUUGUUCCAAAAAAAUCAAAAUGGGAGAAGGAGAAGAAAACGAAGUAGAAUCAGAUGAGAGAUCCUUGGCUUUAUCUCCUACUUGGUCUGUUGCUCUGGUCUUGUCUGUCUUCGUCCUUGUUUCUCUCAUCGUUGAACGAUCCAUCUAUCGCCUUAGCUCUUGGUUGAGGAAGACAAAGAGGAAACCUCUGUUUGCUGCUUUAGAGAAGAUGAAAGAAGAGUUGAUGCUGCUUGGCUUCAUUUCACUUCUUCUGACAGCUACAUCUAGCACUAUAGCCAACAUAUGUGUCCCUUCAAGUUUCUACAACGCCAGAUUCGUUCCUUGUACAAGAUCCGAGAUUAAAGAAGAACUUGAGAACGAAUCCUCUGUCCAGAGGAAUCUUUUGACCAAAUCAUUCUUUCUCAGCAUCUUUAGGAGAAGAAGGCUGGAGGAGAGCAUUCACCAUGCUACUUGCAGCGAGGGGCAUGAGCCGUUUGUUUCAUAUGAAGGCCUUGAACAGCUGCAUCGUUUCAUCUUUAUAAUGGCGGUUACACAUGUUACUUACAGCUGUUUGACCAUGCUCCUUGCCAUCGUCAAGAUUCAUAGUUGGAGGAUCUGGGAAGAUGUAGCUCGCAUGGAUCGACAUGAUUGCUUAACAGCGGUGACAAGGGAAAAAGUAUUAAGAAGGCAAACAACUUUUGUUCAGUAUCAUACUUCUGCUCCUCUGGCCAAGAAUAGAUUGCUUAUAUGGGUGACAUGUUUCUUCAGGCAAUUCGGACAUUCUGUUGUUCGUUCUGACUAUCUUACUCUCCGGAAAGGAUUCAUUGUGAAUCACCACCUCACAUUAAAGUACGAUUUUCACAGCUACAUGAUUCGAUCUAUGGAGGAAGAGUUCCAGAGAAUCGUUGGUGUAAGUGGGCCGCUUUGGGGGUUCGUAGUUGCUUUCAUGCUCUUUAACAUAAAAGGAUCAAAUCUUUACUUCUGGAUAGCAAUCAUACCUGUCACUCUAGUACUUCUGGUUGGUACCAAGCUGCAACAUGUAAUAGCAACUUUGGCAUUGGAGAAUGCUGGUUUAACAGAAUAUCCUUCCGGAGUUAAGCUGAGACCUAGAGAUGAACUCUUUUGGUUCAAUAAACCAGAACUUCUCCUCUCCCUUAUCCACUUCAUUCUAUUCCAGAAUUCUUUUGAACUGGCUUCAUUCUUCUGGUUCUGGUGGCAGUUCGGUUACAACUCUUGCUUCCUAAAGAAUCAUCUCCUUGUCUACUUCCGACUAACUUUAGGUUUUGCUGGACAGUUUCUAUGCAGCUACAGUACACUACCACUGUACGCAUUGGUCGCUCAGAUGGGAACGAACUAUAAAGCGGCUCUGAUACCUCAGAGGAUAAGAGACACGAUUCAAGGUUGGGGAAAAGCGACAAGAAAGAAAAGAAGACAUGGUUAUUACGGCGAUGAUUCCACUGUUAGAACAGAAACAAGCACAGUUGCAUCUAUUGAAGAAUAUGACCAUCAAGUGCUUGAUGUUGUUGAAACUUAUCCACAACAACAACAACAGAGAGGUAUUGAGCUUGAGUUACAGCCAGUCCAACCUCGUAAUGCUUCUUCUUCUUCUGUACCUAAUGAAUCUUCAAGUAGAGUUGGAACGCCUCUUCUUCGAUCAUGUGUCUCCAUUUCUUCAGCAACGACCCCUGAUCUAAGAACAGAACCUAUGGAGCCACUUUCGAGAUCGUCUUCACUGCCAGUGAGAAGAGAAUGAUAUAUAUAUACUCGUUAAGUUAAAGUUGGUUCGCGGUUUUCUGAGGAUUGGUUUAGAGGAAUAUAAGUUUGUAGGAGUAUUUUCAGUAGAAAACAUAAGGUCCUCUUUAGCUCCGAGAUGUCUCAAUGAAACAUGUAUAACAAGCUUGCAUAUUUGCCUACGCCAACAGUUUCUUUUCUGUUUGAUAAGUAUAAACCAAACUAAUUAUACCGACGAA